AUGACCACCAUCGCAAGCGUCAAAGUCCAGAAUGCUUCGACCACCACGUUUGCGGUCACCGAUGGCGCCAAUAGUCACACACUUCCCGCGGCAACUCCUGGACAGCCAGGCGUUCUAGAUCUUAAUAUCCAAAUAGCAACCUACACUAUUAAGAACGGUAGUCUUGUUGCUGGAAGCAUUACGAUUCACUCCGACGCCACGGUUACCAUAGCACCCGGAAAUGGUGGUCUUCACAGUCCAAUCUCCGUGGUGACGGAGCUCAGUCCUGCGUAG